AUGUCUCACCCCAGAGAUAUUUAUCCUAGUUCUUUCAGCAAAGGAACCGACAAUGGUGAAGUCCUCCCUGAAUCCAUCCCGUCAGCUCCUGGGACACUGCCUCAUUUCAUAGAGGAGCCAGAUGAUGCUUAUAUCAUCAAGAGCAACCCCAUUGCACUGAGGUGCAAAGCGAGGCCAGCCAUGCAGAUAUUCUUCAAAUGCAAUGGCGAGUGGGUCCAUCAAAACGAGCAUGUCUCUGAAGAGAGUCUGGAUGAGAGUUCAGGCUUGAAGGUCCGGGAGGUGUUUAUCAACGUCACCAGGCAGCAGGUGGAGGAUUUCCAUGGGCCCGAGGACUACUGGUGCCAGUGUGUGGCCUGGAGCCACCUGGGGACCUCCAAGAGCAGAAAGGCCUCUGUGCGCAUAGCCUAUUUACGGAAAAACUUUGAGCAAGACCCGCAGGGAAGGGAGGUUCCCCUGGAAGGCAUGAUCGUGCUGCACUGCCGCCCGCCGGAGGGGGUUCCUGCUGCAGAGGUGGAAUGGCUGAAAAACGAGGAGCCCAUUGACUCUGAACAAGAUGAGAACAUUGAUACCAGGGCAGACCACAACCUCAUCAUCAGGCAGGCGCGGCUCUCGGAUUCAGGGAAUUACACCUGCAUGGCAGCCAACAUCGUGGCCAAGAGGAGGAGCCUGUCGGCCACAGUGGUGGUUUAUGUGAAUGGAGGCUGGUCUUCCUGGACAGAGUGGUCAGCCUGCAAUGUUCGCUGUGGUAGAGGAUGGCAGAAACGUUCCCGGACCUGCACCAAUCCAGCUCCUCUCAAUGGUGGGGCCUUUUGUGAGGGAAUGUCAGUGCAGAAAAUAACCUGCACUUCUCUCUGUCCUGUGGAUGGGAGCUGGGAAGUGUGGAGUGAGUGGUCAGUCUGCAGUCCAGAGUGCGAGCAUUUGCGCAUCCGGGAGUGCACGGCCCCGCCCCCGAGAAACGGAGGCAAAUUCUGCGAAGGUCUCAGCCAGGAAUCUGAAAACUGUACAGAUGGCCUCUGCAUCCUAGAUAAAAAACCUCUUCAUGAAAUAAAACCCCAAAGUAUUGAGAACGCCAGCGACAUUGCUUUGUACUCAGGCUUGGGAGCUGCAGUCGUAGCCGUUGCAGUCCUGGUCAUCGGCGUCACCCUUUACAGACGGAGCCAGAGUGACUAUGGCGUGGAUGUCAUCGACUCUUCUGCAUUGACAGGUGGCUUCCAGACCUUCAACUUCAAAACAGUCCGUCAAGGUAACUCCCUGCUUCUGAAUCCCUCCAUGCAACCAGACCUAACAGUCAGCCGAACGUACAGUGGGCCCAUCUGUCUGCAGGACCCCCUGGACAAGGAACUCAUGACGGAGUCGUCACUCUUUAACCCUCUGUCGGACAUCAAGGUCAAAGUACAGAGCUCAUUCAUGGUUUCCCUGGGUGUGUCGGAGAGAGCCGAGUACCACGGCAAGAACCAUUCCGGGACUUUUCCCCAUGGAAACAAUCACAGCUUUAUGACAGUGCAUCCCAGAAAUAAAACACCCUACAUCCAGAAUCUGUCAUCACUUCCUACAAGGACGGAACUGAGGACCACUGGUGUCUUUGGCCAUUUAGGAGGGCGCUUAGUAAUGCCAAAUACAGGGGUGAGUUUACUCAUUCCACAUGGUGCCAUCCCAGAGGAGAAUUCUUGGGAGAUUUACAUGUCCAUCAACCAAGGUGAACCCAGCCUCCAGUCCGAUGGAUCCGAGGUGCUCCUGAGUCCGGAAGUCACCUGUGGUCCCCCAGACAUGAUUGUCACCACUCCCUUUGCCCUGACCAUACCACACUGUGCGGAUGUCAGCUCUGAGCACUGGAAUAUCCACUUAAAGAAAAGGACCCAGCAGGGCAAGUGGGAGGAGGUAAUGUCAGUGGAGGAUGAAUCCACAUCCUGUUACUGCCUUUUGGACCCCUUUGCAUGCCAUGUGCUCCUAGACAGCUUUGGGACGUAUGCCCUUACUGGAGAACCAAUCACAGACUGUGCCGUGAAGCAACUCAAGGUGGCAGUUUUCGGCUGCAUGUCCUGUAACUCUCUGGAUUACAACUUGAGGGUCUACUGUGUGGACAAUACGCCUUGUGCAUUUCAGGAAGUGGUUUCAGAUGAAAGGCAUCAAGGUGGACAGCUACUGGAAGAACCAAAGUUGCUGCAUUUCAAAGGGAACACCUUUAGUCUUCAGAUUUCUGUCCUUGACAUUCCCCCAUUCCUCUGGAGAAUUAAACCUUUCACUGCAUGCCAGGAGGUCCCAUUCUCCCGCGUGUGGUGCAGUAACCGGCAGCCCCUGCACUGUGCCUUCUCCCUGGAGCGAUACACGCCCACCACCACCCAGCUGUCCUGCAAAAUCUGCAUCCGGCAGCUCAAAGGCCAUGAACAGAUCCUCCAAGUGCAGACAUCAAUCCUAGAGAGUGAAAGAGAAACCAUCACUUUCUUUGCACAAGAGGACAGCACCUAUCCCGCACAGACUGGCCCCAAAGCCUUCAAAAUUCCCUACUCCAUCAGACAGCGGAUUUGUGCUACAUUUGAUACCCCCAAUGCCAAAGGCAAGGACUGGCAGAUGUUAGCACAGAAAAACAGCAUCAACAGGAAUUUAUCCUAUUUUGCUACACAAAGUAGCCCAUCCGCUGUCAUUUUGAACCUGUGGGAAGCUCGUCAUCAGCAUGAUGGUGACCUUGACUCCCUGGCCUGUGCCCUUGAAGAGAUUGGGAGGACACACACGAAACUCUCCAACAUGACGGAAUCGCAGCUGGAGGAAGCUGACUUCAACUACAGCAGGCAAAAUGGACUCUAAUCCUCUUCCUCUGGUGAGGACCAGCUUCAGGACACUUGCUUUAAAUGGGAAAGAAAGAGGCAGCUCUCUGCCCAGUGACGUUUGGGGAAUUCAGCCUUCAUUUACAAUCAGUGAGCAUCCCUGAUUGAAGAAACUGAAUUUUGUGUAGGUGAAAUAUGUUAAUAGGGAAAAGUACAAGCUCCCUUAGGUAAAAGAGGGUUCUGUCUCCUCUGAAUCCACACUUGGGUUUACACUUGAUGGACUUCUCAGAUUUGGAGUGGCAAGGAAAAAAAGUGAGGAUUUAUCUAGACAAAGGUAACUGGAAAAGAUGAGCUACAGGACAGCUGUAAAGGACAAGACUGAACAAGUGCAUGUUUUGUUAGAUUUUUAAUGAUGUGCCCCAAAGCGCCAGCUGAUUCUGGUACCAGACUGUCAGUUUCCUACCAACUGGCAUUUUGGGGUGUCGGCAGCCAUUGCCGACUGGCUUUUAGAAGUGAAAGAGAGUUGCCGACUCAUUUGUAGGACUUCAACAAUGUCAAGGAGGGCAUGUAGAAUUUUGAAUCUGAGUACCCCACACCAGCACCAAUUCCCUAUCUAUCCCAGCCACUUAAAAGAAACAAGAUUGAGAGGUUAGAUGGACCACAAGCUAGUUCUUGCAGCAUACCCCACCUUCAUUUUUUUCAAAGACAAACCUGCCCACAUUCUUUCUUCCCCUUCCACACCCAUGACCACAGGGGAGAGGUUUCAAGGACCAUAGACUUUUCAAAGUGGAAAUUUUUUUCUAACUCAACAAAGCAGGGCUAUCUCUGUUCCCAGCUAAGCCUCUCAAAUCAUAAACGCUCUUGGAAGAACACAAUUUAUUGCAAAGAUUUAGAGACAAGAGGGGUCAAUUUGGGUCCAAGGAAACAUAGGAACUGUAUAUGCCCAAGGCCUCAAAUAAGCUGUCCUUCUAGGAUGCAGGUGCUGAUUGAGUUACCCAAUGUUGUUGCUAUGGAGGAAUGAGGGGCUUUACUGUACUUUUAUGAUGCAUUUCUUGAAUUUCCUAACCUUUUGGUACUAUGUUAUCACAACAUCUCUCCACAGGACUGUAACUCAUCCUUGUUUGGCCUCUUGCAAAAUUAGCAGAUGGUCUUUGCUGUAAAUGGUAUCAGAAUACUCAAUAGGACUCUACCACUGUGUCCCAGAGACCACAUGCAUUGUUGAGAGAGCCUCCAGGCUCUGAUCAUUCAAUCUUACCAAGUACACUCUAACUAAAGGCCCAUUAACCUACUGCUGUAUGUUUUCCCUGAGAGGCAAUGCAAUUGUGGAGAAUUGAAAUCUACAGAUAAUAUCAGACCCCCAUCUUAAUGCUCUACUUGCAUCUUUUAUCCUAUUUAAAUCCUUUUUGACAAGAUGUCCUUAUAAACUCAAGAUGAACAGAUUUCUCCUGCUCAUUUUCUAGAGGAUGUUAUGAUUAACUGGCCAGGACCGGCACAACCAAAGUGGAGAAUCUAGAUUAGCCACAAGACUGAUCAGCUAGAGAUUGGCUCCAUUAGAAUAAAAGUGGGGAAUGGGGGAGGCAGGGAGUACCUCGCAGUAGGGAUAUUAUCACCUUUUUUAAACUAUGUUUUUGUAGAUUCUGUGUUUAAGAAAAGUGUUGUGAAUCUCUGCCUCAGUGAAAAAGACCUAGGAGUUCCCACUGUGGCAC